CAUAAAGCGCCCAAACAAUUUUCUUCACGAACGCGCAGAGAAUGCGAUAUCAUAUACAAAAGGCAUCGGCUUCGCAGCUGAAAACCUUUAGAGUUGACUCGUCAAUGCGGGCCAGCGACUUCGACGAUCAAUUUGGAGGAAAUUCAUUUGCUGGAAACUGUUCAUGGAUAAAUGCAUAUUUAGUUGAGAAUAUGGGCAUCACUGACCCGGUCCAUUAGGCUGAUAUUACUCGGGAGGAUAUUUGGAUGAAAUAUUUUCCAAGUACCUCCAUCUUGUGCGCAAAAGCUAUAGGGCAGUAGAAUUGAGGCAACCCCCAUGAUGCAUUGACAUUUCCAGAACUACUAAUUGGCUCUUGAGUUAACCCCGAGGAUACUAAUUCUGAGUCAAAUUAUCACUUAAAGAGGCAACCACCUUCAACAAAUGCUUCAAAAUGGCCGAACAACUUACAAAGGCUCUUAGGAAAACCUCAAUGGCUUACGAAGUCAAGAAAGUAUCUUCAAGCCCCAAAGAUCGGCAGCCCCAGUCCAAGAAACAACAGAGAAAAGGGGAAAACCCUAUCCGGAUUCCUCCCAGCCAGGAGCCAUGUGUCGAUUUGAAACCUUCUAAUUCGUGGAUCUGUAAGAAUUCCGCAUGCCGGGCGACACUUUCAGUGGAUGACACAUUCUGCAAAAGGUGCUCUUGCUGCAUUUGCCAUUUAUUUGAUGACAACAAGGACCCGAGCCUUUGGUUGGAAUGCACAUCGGAAUCUGGUCUCGCAGAUGCAUGUGGACUGUCUUGCCACAUUGAGUGUGCUCUACAACGUGGUAAGGUGGGGGUUGUUGACCUUGGCCUGUUGAUGCAGUUGGAUGGAAGCUACUGUUGUGCUUCGUGUGGCAAAGUCUCUGGGAUACUUGGAUGCUGGAAGAAGCAAUUAAUUAUAGCUAAGGACGCCCGGCGUGUUGACGUGCUGUGUUACAGGAUAUUCUUGAGUUACAGGCUUCUCGAUGGGACUUCGAGGUUUAAAGAACUCCAUGAAUUUAUUAAAGAAGCCAAAGCCAAGUUGGAAACCGAGGUGGGCCCGGUAGAUGGGGUUUCGGCCAAGAUGGCCCGAGGUAUCGUCAGCAGACUCUCUGCAGCAGUCGAUGUGCAAAGGCUUUGCUCACUUGCGGUUGAAAAAGCCGAUGAAUUGAUAGAUUCAAAGUCUACUACCUCAACCAAUUUAAUUGAAAAUUCACUUCCCGCGGCCUGCAAAUUUCUGUUCGAGGAAGUUACACCAUCAUCAAUCGUCGUUUUACUGAUCGAGCUAUCGAAUUCUUCGGACGACACCAUCAAGGGCUACAAACUCUGGUACUGCAAAUCAAAGGACGAGAGCUACUCAAAAGAGCCUCUCUCCAUCUUCCCUCGAAACCACAGAAGGAUUUGGAUAUCCAAUCUGCAGCCCUGCACGGAGUACUCCAUCCGCAUUGUGUCGUACACAGAAUCCGGCGACUUUGGGCACUCGGAAGCAAAGUGCUUUACAUCGAGCGUCGAGGUCAUGCAGCACAAGGACUUUGGAAAUGACAUAAAUGCCCCUGGCCCCAGCACCAGCACCCAACACCUACCAGACGUGGAAUCCGACCCUGGGUUCAAAGUCCGGGACCUUGGCAGGAUCCUGAGGAUGGCCCAGCAGUGCUCGUGUGAGGCCAAGGCCCAUAAAUUCUGUGGGCCCAACGACGAGGCCCAGCUCGAGGCCCGUGAGGAGAAACCUUCUUCGGUCUCCCGCCAGCUGGACCUGAAUACACCUGCUGUGGAGUCGGAGGCUGAUGAUGAUGAUGAUGAUGACGUGUCUCACGAGAUCCAGCGGAAGCAUGGGGAGGUGCCAGCUGUCGACUCGGGAUUGGCCUUUUCUGGGAAGAGGAAGCAUAGUGUUGCAAAUAAUAACGGUGAGAUUCAGGAUUCGGACAGCACACUGACUAACGACUCGGGCAGCCUGGACGAAAAUUUCGAGUACUGUGUGAAGAUCAUACGGUGGAUGGAGUGCGAGGGGUAUAUUGGGAAGGAUUUUAGGCUGAAGCUGCUGACGUGGUUUAGCCUGAGGUCGACUGAGCAGGAGCGUAGGGUGGUUAAUACAUUCAUACAGACGCUGAUUGACGACCCGAGUAGUUUGGCUGGCCAGCUGGUUGACUCAUUCUCGGAUGUCGUGUCCAGCAAGAGGACGCGUAAUGGCACUGUUGCGUAAAAAACAUGUCUUCUUGGGCGGUGAUUCGUUUUGCUAAUUUGGGAUUCGAUCUGUGAAGAUAGGCAUUGCUAGGUCAGUAUUAACUGAUUUUUAAGGGCGACGGGGUCUCACGCAUUGUGGAGCCGCGCGUUUGAUUUGUUUUGUUGUGUAGUAUCCAUUUUUAUUACUCACUGGGUAGUGAAAAUUUGAGAUGUUGACUCUGUUUUAAUGCUAGAAUGGUAGAUGUAUGGCUCUUGAGAUAUUUCAGUAAAUUUAAAUAUAAUUUCUAUUUUAUCCUCCAAGAUUAUGUGUGCUCAUUAGGGAAUGGCUUUGGCAGUUGGCUUGGAUCUUGAGUGUUGCAAACUCUAGAACUUGAAGAAUGCAGUUGUUUUAAUUGUUUACUUGAGUUUGAUGAGCUCAAAAACAGUGUACAUAAUCUCUGAUGUUGCAUUAAUUGCCUGAAGCCUGAAGGAUUUGAAGCCGGAAAAUG